GUGUAGAAACAAAAUCAUAGGAAAAACUUGGGGUCUAGACUUCUGUGGCCUAGACUGAGGUAAAAUAGUUGCUUGGUGCAGCCGCACCUCUUGUGUCUUCAGUCCCAGUAUGUGGUAAAUGCAAUUCCCUUAGCUGGUAUACGUGCCAUAAUUAUGUGUGAGCUCUCUGAGUAGCUAUGAGUGUGUUGCAAUCCUAAUUAAGGGUGUGUGGAGACUGUCCCACAGAGAACUCCAUGAGAAAGCACAGGAUCUUUCAAACUCUGAAGUGAUCAGCGACUAUGUGGUCCAUCACCCAACUCCUACUCUGUACCUGCGUCCUGUUGCCCUCCAUUGCAGCAUUUCUAGACUUUUCAGCCUGUGUCUUCCCAUUUAUCUAUAAAAACAAGACAUAUUCUACCUGCACCAAAGAUCGAUCCAAGAUGGACUGGUUGUGGUGUGCCACAACUAGUAGUUAUGACAAAAACCACAGGUGGAAGCGUUGCUAUGAGACAGAGCAUGGUGGGAACACCAAUGGAAAGCCCUGCGUGUUUCCCUUUGUUUACAAGGGCCGGAAGUUCUAUACCUGUACAGAUGAGAAUGUAAAGCCCAGGCUGUUUUGGUGUGCUACAACAAGCAAUUAUGACAAAGACAGGGAAUGGAGCUACUGUGCUGAUACCAGUAAGUUUGCCCAUAACUAUCAGGCCCUUGAUAUAGAGGCUUUUGCACUACUCAACUGAGGG